AUGACAGCUCCACUGUGCCGAAAUGACAGCUCCACUGUGUCCGAAAUGACAGCUCCAGUUCGUGUCCCGCACGUUGUUCACUCGUUGCCCAUGUCUGGUUGCAUGUCUGUGCUUGCAUCCAACACCGCACGAAGAUGGGAAGCGCAACUGCUGCUGGGUCUUGAUGCGGUCAUGCAAUAA